CGGCUUCCGUUCCAGGUGACUCCCAUUUCCACUCUGACAGCAGCUCUCGGCUCAGAGCUUCCAGCUACCAGCGGAGAGCGCAGCUAGCGGACGGAGCUGCGUCCAGCAACAGUUAACAGCGGAGUCCAGUCAGUCGGAGCUGGGUGCGAGUCACUGUACGCCUUUAGUGGUUCUAAUUUACAAUGAAGAAAUUAAAAAGGCCCGCAUCCUGACGUCCACACUGUGGUCAAUGACUGUCUGUAGCGGCGUCGGUGACUGACAUGGACGCUAGUGACAAUAAGGAUGUGAAGCUUUCACCUGAAGUGGAACCGUUCAUCCCACAGAAGAAAGGUCUUGAAGGAUCCCUAGUCAGCAUGAGUCUUUCUGGCGAGCCAGGCGGAGGAGGAGGGGGUGGAGGCAUAGGAGGAGGCAGCGGAGGUGUGGAGACCACUCCCAUACCCAGCUACCUCAUCACCUGCUACCCUUUCGUCCAGGAGAGCCAACCCAACAGACAACACCCUAUGUAUAAUGGAGGGGAGCUGCGCUGGCAGCAGCCUAACCCCACCCCUGGAGGUCCAUACCUGGCCUACCCCAUCCUGUCUUCCCCCCAGCCUCCCGUAUCCAACGACUACGCUUACUACCAGAUCAUGCCUGCUCCAUGCCCACCUGUGAUGGGCUUCUACCAGCCCUUUCCUGGCACCUAUGCAGGUCCAGUGCAAGCCGGAGUGGUCAAUCCUGUCUCUGCAGAUGUCGGUGAAAGGCCGCUGCCUCUGGGGCCGGCUUAUGGGAUGGCCAGCCAGAGGGGGAGAGGCAUGGUCCGAUCGAAUGUCCUCCCAAAGCAACAUUUGGGUGUGUGUCAGCCUCCCCGCGGUCGCCGGCCUCCAACUAGAAAUGUAGCUGUGCAGAAGGAGGUGUGCACCUUAGGGCCUGACGGUAGGACCAAGACCGUCAUGUUGGUGGAUGCAGCACAGCAGACUGAUUUCCCAGGGGAGGUGUCAGGGCGGUGUGCUGCUGAGCGAGUUAGUCCUCUGCUGUGGAAGAACCGAACAAAGAGAAGACGGGCCUCCCAUCCAGCUGAAAGCUACAAUGAGCAGGGCGCCAGUGAGGCCGACAUAGACAGUGACAGCGGCUACUGCAGCCCCAAACACAACCAGGCGACUGGGGCAACGCAGCGAGCAGCAGAGUCCACAGCAGCACCUAUGGGAGUAGAAGCUGGCGUCAUGACAGUAGCAGGCACCUGGGUAAAUGUCGCCUCUCAGGCUACGCCGAAGUCCUGGGGGGACAGAAACGGCCAGUUUCACAGAGCAGACCAGAGGAAGAAUCCUGAACAGAGAAACUUCUCACAGGAUUUCCACAGUGGCUAUCCGGGACGAAUGCCGCCCAACCAGUCAGAACCUCGACUCCAGCCUGCAGCGGUCAGCGGCACCGACCUCACUCCAGAGCCCCUCUACUUCGAGGAUGAAGAUGAGUUCCCAAAUCUUGCUACUGGAGGAGCUGCCCAACGCAGCAACAAACCAGAGACUCCUCCAGCUCAGACGCACGCACAACCUAAGCUGCCCAAACACCUGCUGGAUAAUCUGCCAGAAAACUCCCCGAUCAACAUUGUGCAGACGCCCAUCCCCAUCACCACUUCUGUUCCCAAGAGGGCCAAGAGCCAGAGGAAGAAGGCUCUGGCUGCUGCUCUGGCCACUGCACAGGAGUACUCUGAAAUCAGCAUGGAGCAGAAGAAAUUACAGGAAGCUUUCACCAAAGCAGCAGGGAAGAAGAGUAAAACAUCUGUGGAGCUGGACCUGGGAGACAUGCUGGCAGCCUUGGAGAAACAACAGCAGGCUAUGAAGGCCAGGCAGCUCACCAACACCAAGCCAUUGUCUUUCACAGUUGGAACAACCACUCCGUUCCACAGCUCAGGCUCCACCGGCGUGCCGUCCAUCCUGAAGGGUCAUCAGCAGCCGUACUCGGCCCCACACAACGCCCUGGAUUCCACUGCACCUCGGAUCAAGAGGGGGAAGGAGAGAGAGAUCCCCAAAGUCAAACGGCCCACGGCUCUUAAGAAGAUUAUUCUGAAGGAACGCGAAGGGAAGAAAGGGAAGUCAAGUGUAGAACAAGAGUCUUCUGGCCAUGAGGAACACGGGGACGAGUGUCUGCAUUUUACUGAUGAUCUUACACGAGAACCUGCCUCCCAAGAAGAGAACGGCCUGAGCGUGCCCAGUGAUGCAUCCCUUUCCCCGGCCAGUCAGAACUCUCCGUACAGCAUCACCCCGGUGUCCCAGGGUUCCCCCGCCAGCUCUGGCAUCGGGAGUCCCAUGGCUUCGAACGCCAUCACCAAGAUCCACAGCCGGCGUUUCAGAGAGUACUGUAACCAGGUGCUGAGCAAAGAGAUCGACGAGAGCGUGACUCUGCUGCUGCAGGAGCUGGUCCGCUUCCAGGAGCGAGUCUACCAGAAGGAUCCCACCAAAGCCAAGUCCAAGCGCCGCCUGGUCAUGGGUCUCAGAGAGGUCACCAAGCACAUGAAGCUGCAUAAGAUCAAGUGUGUCAUCAUCUCUCCCAACUGUGAGAAGAUCCAGGCUAAAGGUGGUUUGGAUGAAGCUUUGUACAACGUAAUUGCCAUGGCGAGGGAGCAGGAGAUCCCGUUUGUGUUUGCCCUGGGCAGAAAAGCUCUGGGACGCUGCGUCAACAAGCUGGUGCCUGUUAGCGUUGUGGGCAUUUUCAACUAUUCUGGCGCUGAGGGCCUCUUCAACCGCUUAGUGUCUCUGACAGAAGAGGCCAGGAAGGCCUACAAGGACAUGGUGUCGGCUCUGGAGCAGGAGCAGGCGGAGGAGGCGCUGAAAAAUGACAAGAAGGUCCCACACCACAUGGGGCAUUCACGCAACCACUCUGCUGCUUCAGCCAUCUCUUUCUGCUCCAUCUUCUCUGAGCCCAUUUCAGAGGUCAAUGAGAAAGAGUACGAGACCAACUGGAGGAGCAUGAUGGAGACUUCAGACGCCCUGGAGCCUGUAGAGACUGAGCCGAGUCGCCCUGCACCUCCCACAGCCGCCCAGAGAGACAACGAUGCAGCCGCCGCCACCAACGCCGUCCCACCCAGCUCCACCGCCCCGCAGCCCAGGACAGGGCCUCCCACGCAGGGCGACAAAGACGAGGUCCGGGUUGAUGACCGGCUGGAGCUGGCCUCUCAGCAGAGCACAGAGACGGGUUCUUUGGACGGGAGCUGCAGGGGCCCUCUGAACUCCUCCAUCACUUCCACCACCUCCACCCUGGUCCCGGGGAUGUUGGAGGAGGCCGAGGAGGAGGACGAGGAGGAGGAGGACUACACUCCUGAACCUAUCUCUGUGGAGGUGCCCACCCUGAGCAGCCGCAUCGAAUCCUGGGUGUCAAAGACCCUAGAAAACCUGCAGCUGGGGAAGAGCCAAGAAAGUACAGAAGAGGAGGAGGAAGAUGAAGAAGACGAGGAGGAGGAGGAGAAAGGGCAGAGUGAGGACGAGGAGGAUCUGGAUUCAGCGGACAUCACGGAGCCGAGGAUGGAGGGCAAAGAACAAGUGGAGGCGAAGAAAGUCGCUGGCUGAAAUGGGUUUUUCCCUCCGUUGCUUACAUUCGUUCCCUCUGUUCUCUGUUGCUCUCACAUCUUCCUCACAGCAGCCAGCAGCCUUCGUCUCUAACCCCUGACACCAGACAUAAUCUCAGGUAUCCAACCGACUGACCAACGCUCACACGCAAAGCAUAACAACACAGAGAAACUGACCAACCGACAACUAACAGAGUCUGAGGGGAAGCGAUGAGCUCUUCCUGCGAUUGAAAAGGACGCCCUCUUCUCUGGCCCAUAACCUGCAACACUUGAAUUCAGAGGAAAGCUUUUGGUUUUCCUCCUCCGAAGCUGAACUCCUUUUUUUUUUAAGAGUCAGGGACGUUUUGUGGGAGCAAGUGACGAGUGGUAAAAAACAAAAAAAAGUUGAACUGCUGUCUGUAGCUCACAGAGGAGGGAGGUUGGAACCUUUCAGCUCCCGUCUUACUUCACUCAGAGCUCAGAACGUUUACAGCUCUGCAAGUAUUCGUGUGCUUGUGUGUGUCAUUAAAGGCACGCCGUUUGCAUUUACUUUUGCUGUGUUCAUUGGCUUUAUCUUUGUACAUAAUAUACGUGUGUUUGUUUUCACCUCGGAGAGUUUCUUAGUCACUGCUUGGUUGGUGUUUAGCUUUCGUCACAGAAUAUCACAGUGUCAGGGGUUCCGUGUUCGUACCAAAACCACUCCCACCCGUCAGUCUCCAGAGAGUGUUUUUUAAUGUUCAAAUAAUAAGUGUCUCAUUCUGUAUUCAGAUGAUUCAAAUGACUUAACUUCUAAGAAGCAAAACAGGCUUUGUGAAUAUAACCUUGUCUCGGUGGUUCUGCUACAACAUGUGAUGGUUUGUCAUAUUGAUCUUGCCUAGUGUGAAUGGGAUUGUCUUGAGUUCCCGGAUGCUGUCUGUGCUUCAUAAAACAGAAAAAGAAAAAAAGAAGUGCUCCUGUUUUGUUCUCUCUAGUGUUUGUUCUCUGAUGGGGGGCUCUCCAGCUGUCCCACCAUUUUUAUCAGCUUUAUUAUCAACACUGAGAUCUUUUUCCACCCAGAAAGAAAUGUUACGGGUGUUGUGGUGAAUUAGAAGCUAGACACAGAGCUUGGUAGUAAAGUUAUUUCCUGUGUGCGUAGUUUACAGCAAGAACUAGGAAACUGGAGGACAAGCAGGUGUUUACUCGUUAAAAAUGCACCGUGAAGUGAAUCGUUAGACAUCUCGGCUAGAUUUUAUAAAAAGAUUUUCUAGACAACCGCCAGUCGAAAGUCAGUUGCGUUGAGGAGCUCCCUGGGCGGGGCUGAGUCACCACCGUCAGUCAUCACAAAGUCAUGCACAUACCUUUGUAAAUACAAGUGUACAAAAGAGAUUUUGCAUUGUAUUAAAAAAAAACAAUCAUCAUGUUCUUAAAGCCAUUUGAUAGUUUUGACAUUUUAACAGUUGGAAUCCAAUUUGAUAACGGUGUUUGAUAGUGAAUCACGGUGAGAUUUCAGCCCGUCGAUGAUGAUGCAGUGUGUAAAGAUGCAGUAUGUCGGGCUGUUAGCCAUGUGGAGCCCAGCAGUGUCCUGAAUAUCAUGCCUGGGAUUCUGAAAGUGUUUGGUUCAAGGUACGCUGCGUGUCGGCUUUUUGUUGCUAUGACUUCCAUCAAAGUGUUUUCCAAGUAUGUUAAUUGACAGCAAGUGUGUUUUUUGCACUAUGUAAAUACAGUACUGGUAAAGGUCUUGUAACUCAUGUGAACAAAAAAAAAACCUAAACAAAAGAAAUGGGGGAAAAAAAAAAAAAAAGCGGUUCAAUGAAGUACUUUUUAUCAACGUGUUCCUCGUCUUUCUAUGGAUAUUUAAGACCGUCUCCUUCAGACUGUACAUCACUAGCAACAUUGUUAGAGGCUGUUUCUCAUAAUCCUGUUAUCACUCUUAACCUGUAUGGACUGAUGAUUAACAUCAUUAAAAUGUUGUUUCAGUAAUUCA